AUGAAAAUCCCUAAGAGAUUUCGCAUGCCCGAUAUCUUGAAGUAUAAUGGGACGACGGAGCCAAAUGAACAUGUGUCUGCAUAUACAUAUGCUAUUAAGGGCAAUGAUCUCACCGAUAAUGAAAGGGAAUCAGUGCUACUUAAGAAAUUUGGGAAAACCCUGCCAAAGGGGGCGAUGAUUUGGUAUCACAACUUGCCCGAGCAUUCAAUUGAUUCAUUUUCCAUGCUCGCUGAUGCUUUCAUCAAGGCCCAUGCCGGGGCCAUCAAGGUCGAAACGCGAAAAUCGGACUUGUUCAACGUCAAGCAGCAAGAUGACCAGACCCUCCGAGAAUUUGUGGCUCGAUUUCAAAUGGAGCGCUUUCACUCAAGGGCUCAAUUCGAGAAGCUCGGUUACAUCUAUGAAGCUAAAGCAAAAUCUAAUAGAGUACCCGGUAAAGGGAGUGAUCGAUCGAAGAGAAUGGUAGAUCGGGAUUCCAGAUCGUCAUAUGACAGGUACCAGCCUUACCCAUUCGAUCGAAGGGGAAACAGGCGCAACAUCGAAUCAGGCAAGAAUGAUAGGAGGAAUGAUCGAGGCCAAAGUAGUUGUGGAUUGAUAAAUAGAAAUGCUGUCGAUAGAGCCCCGGGAAACAGAGAAAUUCCAAGGUUAUCAGAGUAUAGUUUUUGCAUCGAUGUAGCAACCAUAGCGGCGGCCGUUAUCCGAAACAAAGAAACAAGACAUCCAAGGCCAAUCCAAUCUGAUCCAGAGAAGCGGGAUAAAAGUCUUAUUUGUAAAUAUCAUCACACUCACGGCCAUCGAACUGAAGAUUGUCAGCAGCUGAGAGAGGAGGUUGGUCGUCUGUUCAAUUUGGGACACCUUCGAGAAUUCCUGAGUGAACGAGGAAAAACCCAUUUCAAGAACCGGGAUUCAAACAAGCAGGAUAGGCAGGAAGAGCCUCAGCAGGUGAUACACAUGAUCAUGGCAGGAAUUGACGUUCCCAUUAAGCCGGUUGUAAAAUUCACCAAAAUCUCCAUAACGAGGGAAAAGCAUAUCCGGCAUGAUGACCUCGAUGGUCCCAUCUCGUUCAAUGACGAAGACAUGGAAGGCAUCGCCCAGCCGCAUAACGACGCACUGGUAGCUCGACCAAUAUCAUCCGAUGGAGAGUUAUCGAACAGCUGGGACUACUAG